AUGUCAAAAAGAAAUAUAGUGAGAUUUUGUAAACUACCAGGACAACCACCAGCUAAAUUUAUUUCGAAAAUCUCUUGGAACACUGAGUUAGCGAAUAAUGCUCAGUUGAUAGCCAAUAAGUGCAAUAUGAAAGCUGGUGAUGGAGUUGUUGUUAAAUUGAAUUCUGAUAAGAAAGUGAGUCAAUAUAAUGGUGAAGGUACAAGUGUUAGAAGUUUAGUGGAGCCAUGGUUCCUAGAACAUAAGAACUAUAAUUACAAUGAAAAUAAAUGUAAUGGAGAAUGUAAACACUACAAACAGAUUGUUUCAGCAGAUACUGAAGAAAUUGGAUGUGCAGUGAAAAAGUGUUCAUCAAAGCAAAUAUUUGUUUGUAACUACUAUCCUGGUAUUCAGGAUAAAAAACGACCUUAUGAAAAAGGAACCAAAGACAGUUGUAUCAGGAAAUGA